AUGACCACCAACACCCCCGUCAUCCCUACCGAUGGCGGCAAUGAACACCCCUACGACAUUUACCCCAACUUGUCCCAAAACUCGUACACGUGGAAUACUAAUGUCCCCGCAGGCACAAGCGUCGCCUUUGCUCUUGAGGAGAACUUUGGCGCGCUGGCUUUCACAGCCCCCGAGAUUGUUAAGUAG